GCAGCCACCUCGGCGCCGAGCCCCGCGGCUAGCUAGGGGCGCCCCCCCCCCCCGGCCCAGUCCGUCGGAUCCCGCUUGACUCUGCGCCCUGGGGACCUGUCGCCUCCCAGCCGGAGGUGUCUACACGUCUGGCCGUUCAUCCGUCCGUCCCUCCUGGGGCCGGAGCUGACCAUGCCCAGCGCCUGCCGCUGUCUACAUCUCAUGUGCCUGCUGUGCAUCCUGGGGGCAACCAGCCAGCCUGCGAGAGGAAGCCUGUCGGUGUUGCCAUGCCCAGAGCCGAGUCCCUCUAACUACGGAAACUUCUACCAAGUCCCACGUCCCAGGAAGCCAGACCCUGAUUCAGACUCACGCGUACUACACCAAUCUCUUUCAGCGGAUGACUGCAGCUCCCACUGUGACCUGGCCCACGGCUGCUGCGCUCCUGACGGCUCCUGCAGGUGUGACCCAGGCUGGGAGGGGCUGCACUGUGAGCGCUGUGUGAGGAUGCCCGGCUGCCAACACGGUUCCUGCCACCAGCCAUGGCAGUGCAUCUGCCACAGUGGCUGGGCAGGAAAGUUCUGUGACAAAGAUGAGCACAUCUGUACCUCACAGUCACCUUGUCAGAAUGGAGGCCAGUGUGUGUAUGACGGGGGCGGUGAGUACCACUGUGUGUGCCUGCCAGGCUUCCACGGACGUGGCUGUGAGCGCAAGGCCGGACCCUGUGAGCAGGCAGGCUCCCCAUGCCGGAAUGGCGGGCAGUGUCAGGACAACCAGGGUUUUGCCCUCAACUUCACUUGCCGCUGCUUGGCAGGAUUCAUGGGCGCCCACUGUGAGGUGAACGUGGACGACUGCCUGAUGCGCCCUUGUGCUAAUGGUGCCACAUGUAUUGACGGCAUAAACCGCUUUUCCUGCCUCUGUCCUGAGGGCUUUGCUGGACGAUUCUGCACCAUCAACCUAGACGACUGUGCCAGCCGCCCAUGCCAGAGAGGGGCUCGCUGCCGGGAUCGCAUCCAUGACUUUGACUGCCUUUGCCCCAGUGGCUAUGGUGGCAAGACCUGUGAGCUUGUCUUCCGUGCUCCAGCCCCCGCCACAAUGGGCAUCCCACAAACACCCACCUCAGCUGUAGUUGGGCCGGCUACAGGGCCCGCACCCCACAGUGCAGGGGCAGGCCUCCUGAGGAUCUCAGUGAAGGAGGUGGUACGGAAGCAAGAGGCUGGGCUAGGUGAGUCUAGCCUGGUGGCCCUGGUGGUGUUUGGGUCCCUCACUGCUGCCCUGGUCCUGGCCACUGUGUUGCUGACCUUGAGGGCAUGGCGCCGGGGCAUCUGCCCCACUGGACCCUGUUGCUACCCAGCCCCACACUAUGCCCCAGCUCGGCAGGACCAGGAGUGCCAGGUCAGCAUGCUGCCAGCAGGGUUCCCUCUGCCACCAGACCUGCCUCCGGAGCCUGGCAAGACCACAGCAUUGUGAUGGAGGCAGGGGCUUUU